AUGACCAACAAUUCUACACAGCUUCAUGGCAUAAUAAAGACUACAUCUCUCACUUCUUGGAACGGGAUUUUGAGACUUGUAUUUGCCUCUCUAAUGGCUCUGAUGCUCAUUCCAGCAAUACCUCUUUUUAUCCUUGAGCGAAAACAACCCAUGGUGAAAUAUCGAACCUGGACAAUCAAUAUUGUUGCAUGCAUUAGUGCCACAUUGUGCAUGCUAUUUGGUGGGCUGGAAGCCAUGGACAGCUGGGUUAGCCAUGAAACUGUAUAUUACCUUAAUUUCUGGUCGAAUAUAUUAUAUACCAUUGUCGUGUGUGGCUUUUUACCAACUUAUCUUCGCCACUACUUUCUCUUGCGUCUUCCUGUCCUUCAGCAGGAAAUGCUUAAUAAUCAAUUGAGAUUUGAUCCAGCUCAACAUACCCAAUUUUCUAAAGAUCUCAUUCGAACCAAGUUUUUUUCAAGCGAAAAGGGAGCAUGGACAAUCUUUGCAAUCAAUGGUAUUCCAUGUAUGUUCAUGACAAUCUAUUUUGCCUUGAAAAGCGGAUUUAUCACGGAAUUGGAAGAGCCACAAUCACCCAUUUCCAUGUACAUGGGGAUCAUGCCGUUGGUCCAAAUCAUUGUGUCAGAAGCAUUUCUGUUAUGGUAUGGACCACGAUCACCAAAAGAUAACUACCAGAUCAUGACCCAGUUUUAUGUUAUUACUGGUCUUUCACUUGCUAAUGUUGCCGUUUCACUGGUUACUACUCUAUGGACAAAUGAGGUCUUGCUUCGGAUAGGUGAUGCUGUAGUCAGUAUCCUCACAUUUUUACCAAUCUCCAUCGACAUCAUUCUUCCACUUCAAUUUUUGAUAACAAGCCAUAAAUACGUUACGUUAUCAACCAAUCUCCACAAACGAAGCUUUGGUGACCAUUUGAGUAGCCCAAUGAGUUUGUCCAAAGAAAGAUACAUAGGACAGGAAAUGAUACGUACUGCCCAAGUCACAUCAGGUAAAGGAAGUACUUCAUAUGGCUCGCCACUUAAACCAGGCGCAUUCAAAAUUUCAACAGCAUCAAGUAGUCUUCAGCAAAUACUUGAAGAUCCCGUUAUAUAUCCAGUCUUUUGUUUAUUCUUGUCUCGUGAAUUUUCAAUGGAAAGUCUUUUAUUUAUCGAGGCCAUCAAAAAAUUCAAGAUUCACAUCAACAACAAUCCGUCUAUAUCACUGAUCAAAUCAUUAUACAAGAGAAUCAUUUAUGAAUUCAUUCAAUCCAACGCAGUAAACGAAGUCAAUUUACCGAAAAGGAUCAUUCUUCGAAUUGAUGCAUCCUUGGAAAGCGUAUUAAACGGAGCUAUUGCCAUUCGAAAUGCCGCCAACAUAUUUGACGAAGCAUCUGAACACAUAAUGGAAAUGCUUGCUUUAAAUCACUUGCGCAAGUUUUUAUCCAUAUUAUCUCAAGUGUUUCUAUUAUGGUAUGGACCACGAUCACCAAAAGACAACUAUCACAUCAUGACGCAGUUUUACAUCAUCACUGGACUGACGCUGGCAGAUGUCAUGGUGUUGGCAAUUUCUAAUACUCAAAAUUCGCAUGCUGUUUCUGAAAUAUGCAACUCGAUAUUUAGUAUUCUUACAUUUCUGGCAGUCUUUGUUGACAUUGUAGUUCCGCUCCAGUUUUUAGUGACAAAAAAACGAUACGCUACAGAUUUGUCAGAUAGCUCGACCCAUCAAUUUAGAAGCCGGUCAAAACCACAUUCCUGUAAACCAAAUAGCAUCAGCUCCAGACCAGAGGUACUAGGCACAAGUAAACUGGGACUUGAUCAUGAAUCCACAGUAACAGAUGUACCAUCAAAUCAGACCGUACCACUAAACACAAGUCCCACACAUAUGCUUCAAAGUAUUUUUGAAAAGCCAGAAAUAUACUCUGCAUUUUGUACAUUUUUAUCACGAGAGUUUGCCAUGGAAAGCCUAUUAUUUAUCGAAGCUGUUAAAAGAUACAAAUCGCAAUUAAACGAAAAUCUAACGUUAUCUCUAGUAGAAUCACUGUCUGACAAGAUACAGCUGAGCUUUAUCGAGCCAAACGCAGUCAAUGAGAUCAACCUACCGAAAAAAACAGUCGAUAAGCUAAAUGCACAUUUGCAAGACAUCAUCAAUCAAGUAUGUCCAGUUCAUAAAGCAUUAACAGUAUACGACGAGGCAGCUUCAUAUAUUGAGCAAAUGCUGGUUGUAAAUCAUUUGCGAAAGUUUCAUGCAAGCACCUUGUUCCAAAAAGCAGCGACUUUGUCAUAG